AUGAAUACCAUUGAUAGCACUGCCAUAGAUAUCUCCCAGCUGAGCAUAGAGCCAUUCACACAGAGGCCGUUUAUUGAGCUAAUCAAAGAGUCAAACGAGAAGAACCUCUCCCACGUGAUUGCCAAGGUGUUUCUGAAAAAUGAAAGCGUGCCUGUAAUCUACGACGCGCGGCUGCUGUGCAAAUACCUGUUUGAGCUGGUUAUCUCGAAGGACGGCAGAAUGGUACGCCUCAAAAGGGUCUCCGACCCUAUGAACGACAAAGUCAUCCGAGAUAUCCUGUUCUACGAAGUAGCAGGGCCUGGGAAGGAAGAGAGCGGGAGCUACAUUGGGAAUCAGAAGGACUUUCUGCAGUCCACGGGAUUUAGAUCGAGGAUAUUCAACAGAAAUGAUCCAUUCGACUCGCUGAGCAUUAAUUUCAUGUUCAAAGACAAAGAGAGCAACAAGGUUGGGAAGAAGCCUGUUCUUAUCAUUGGCGUAUCAUUUACAGUUCUAUGCAUUAUACUGGUGUCCUGCACCUACACAAUAAUAAAGACAUAG